AUGGAUCAGUGCUGGUAUCAUGGAACUAUCACCCGCUCCAGAGCUGAGGACCUCCUGUCUAAAGUGGGCAAGGAUGGAAGCUUCCUUGUACGGGCCAGUGAGUCCAUCUCCUCAGCAUAUGCCCUCUGUUUGCUGCAUCGGAACUGUGUGUAUACCUAUAGGAUUCUACCUAACAAAGAAAAUAAGCUAGUUAUCCAGGCAUCUGAGGGUGUCCCUGUGCAGUAUUUUAACAACUUGGAUGAACUGAUAGAGUUUUACAAAAAAGAGAAUAUGGGCCUGGUUCGGAGCCUCAAAUACCCAGUCCAACAAGAAGAGGAAGAGGCAACAGAUGACCCAGAUGAUUACAUGGACUUUGUUUCUGCACGACCUGCAUUACCUCCACGUAGUAUUUCAGUAGCACCUGUGAUGAAUGAAGCAAAAGAAGAUCCUUCUCCAAAUGGAAAGGUAGAAGUAAGCAAGCCAUCCCUUUCUGAGGCUUUGCUCCAGCGAUUACAGCAUCAGGACAGCAGCAGUGUUCCAGAGGAACAUCUCAAACUCAUUCAGGAUUAUCUGCGAAUUCAUAUCACCAAUGAUCUUGAGUCAGUACAGGUUGGCUCAGGGAAUCUCCCUCAGCUGAAGAAACUGCUCGCAGUACUAUGCAAAGAACUCUUCAGUGAGGUAUCUCGAAUUCUUCCCUCUCUGGAGUCCAUACAGAUGUUAUUUGACCAGCAGCUGCCCUCUAGUAUCCUUCGACAUUCUCAGCCAUGUUCUGACACCAACCGCUCAAAACUUGGCCAGUUGACCUGCUUGCUCUCUUCCAUUGAAGAUACGAUGAAGGCAUUAUUAACUGAAGGGCCGGAGACAACCCAUCGACGUUCACUUAUCCCUCCAGUAACCUUUGAGGUAAAAGCAGACUCUCUUGGGAUUUCCUCUAAGAUACACCUUAAAGUUGAUGUUGAGAUGGGAAAGCUCAUUAUCAAGAAAGCUAAGGAUGGGCCUGAAGACAAGUUCUAUAACCACAAGAAAAUUUUGCAGCUCAUCAAGUCUCAAAAGUUCCCGAACAAGCUGGUGAUUGUCCUGGAGACAGAAAAAGAGAAAACCCAGAGAAAAGAAUAUGUAUUUGCUGACUCCAAGAAGAGAGAAGGCUUCUGCCAGCUUCUGCAGCAAAUGAAGAAUAAGCAUUCCGAACAACCAGAGCCUGACAUGAUCACCAUCUUCACUGGAACUUGGAACAUGGGUGAUGCUCCUCCUCCAAAGAAGAUCACCUCCUGGUUUCUCUCCAAGGGGCAGGGGAAGACUCGUGAUGACACAGCUGACUAUAUUCCACAUGACAUCUAUGUAAUCGGCACACAGGAGGACCCCCUAGGAGACAGAGAAUGGCAAGAAAUCCUAAGGCAUUCCUUGCAGGAGAUCACCAGCAUCAGCUUCAAAGUGAUAGCAAUCCAUACCCUCUGGAAUAUCAGGAUUGUCAUCCUGGCCAAGCCAGAACACGAGAAUCGCAUAAGCCACCUCUGCAUAGACAAUGUGAAGACAGGAAUUGCAAACAGAUUGGGCAAUAAAGGAGCUGUGGGAGUGUCAUUCAUGUUUAAUGGAACCUCUUUUGGUUUUGUGAACAGCCAUCUGACUUCAGGAAGUGAAAAGAAACACAGGAGAAACCAGAACUACACAAGUAUUCUACGCUUUCUGCAAGUGGGUGACAAGAAACUGGGUCCAUUUAACAUCAUUCACCGCUUUACUCAUCUCUUCUGGAUGGGAGACCUCAACUACCGCUUAGAGUUGCCUCCAGCGGAAGCAGAGAAUAUCGUUCAGAAGAUCAAACAACAGCAGUACCCAGACCUGCUGUGUUAUGACCAACUUCUCCUGGAGAGAAGGGAUCAAAAGGUGUUUCUGCAGUUUGAGGAAGAAGAAAUAACUUUUGCUCCAACCUAUCGCUUUGAAAGGAACACCCGGGAGAAUUAUGUCUACACAAAGCAGAAAGCAACAGGAAUGAAAUACAAUUUGCCAUCUUGGUGUGAUCGGGUGCUCUGGAAAUCAUAUCCUCGGGUGCAUGUGGUGUGUCAGUCUUAUGAAGACAAGUACACAGAUUCCCUUGGACAGAUUGAAUUCAUGCGCUGCGCUGCCACUCUUAAGACAAAGUCGCAAACAAAAUUCUACAUUGAGUUCUACUCCAGCUGCCUAGAAAGCUUUGUGAAGAGCCAGGAGGGAGAAAAUGAGGAAGGAAAUGAAGGGGAACUAGUAGUAAAGUUUGCAGGCCUUCCUAAGCUGACUCCAAUUAUUUCAGACCCAGAGUAUCUGCUUGACCAACACAUUCUGAUCAGCAUUAAGUCAUCAGACAGUGAUGAAUCGUACGGAGAAGGUUGCAUUGCCUUGGCUCCUAGGAGAAGGUUGCAAGCUACAGAAUCCCUAGUCCCUAUCGAAGCUAUGUUAACACACCAUGGGGAGAAGACUGGCAUCUUCCAAGGAGAAUUCAAGCUACAGACUUCCCAAGGCAAACAGAGAGAGAAACUCUAUGAUUUUGUGAAGGUUGAGCGGGAUGAGUCUGUUGGACAGAAACCAGUGAGAAGCAUGUGCAGUAUAGACCAUGGCAAAGAUUGGGAGUCCAUAAAUAGGGGCUCUUCUUCAAACAAAAGAUCUAGUCACCUGGUAGCCAAAGAAGCAGCUGCUGUUGCUCGCCAUCGAGGAACUGUAACAGCAUCUCAGGAUGACGGCAAAGAAGACUUUUCCUGUAUAACAGCCACCGAUAUCAUCAAUCCAAGCUAUUUACGGUCGGCUGCUGCCUCUCAGCAAUUCUCCGCAACAGGUCAUCUUAAACAGAUCUCACCACCUGACCAGUCGCCUGCCCUCUGGAAUUAUGACCCACAAACCAAAGAUACCACUUCUCUGAUGGAACUGGAGUCUCCUACCAUUCCUUCCAACCUAUCCCCUCAGUCGCCGAAAUCACCUGCUCAGGCUGUAACUCAUCGAAAUCCAGGACCCAGGAAUCAGGACCAAGUAUAUGCUGAGGUAAGGAAAAGCACGCUAGAACCCACGCUACCAGAAGAAAUGUACCCCAAACCAGAGAUGAUUGACAACCCACUGUAUGAUUUUACAAAAGCCAAGGACAAACAGAUGUCUAAGAGAGAGCAGGAAUUGACCAAGGUUCCACGAAAAGAACUCCUAUCUACUCCUGAUCAGAGCUUUACCAAAUUACAAGAGUUGGACACCGGCAACUCCUCUAACAAGCAACAAUCCUCCCCUCCUUUCCUAGUCCCCACAGCCCGAUUUCGUUCUUACACUUGUUCUGAGCAGUCAGAGGAAAUGAUUGCCCUGAAUGAAAAGACUCAGAGCAAGCAGAAGCUCUGUGCCAAUGUAGAUGCUCUGUUGCCAAUGAAGAAAUCUGUCAAACUCUCAAGGUCUGAAUUAGGGCAGAGGAGACCACCUCUUCCAUCCAAGAGCCAAAUGGUGCUUGAUAUGCUGAAUCCCAAGGGCCGAGAUUAUCGUGAGAGUUCAGAAUUCCCACACCUCAGAAAACACCAAACUGAAGAUGGGACUGGCAGCGGACCAAUGGUGCCGCCAAUACGGACAUCAAAGAUGAGAUCUAUGGAAGAGUCCUGAAAGGAACCAGACCUUUCCCAGAGUCUUUAUUAUUUCCUGACAUGGUCUGGUGCGCAAAGCACUGUUGUUAUUUUUAACAUGUUAAAGAGAAACGCUCGAUAUAUCUGCACACAUCCUUUGAGAAGGCUAGUUUGGACCAACAGUCAUCAGGUUACCAGUAGGCUUUUACAAUGCAACUUUGGCAAUUCUUCUAGAUCAACAAGGUUGUCUUAUGAAAGGUACAGAAAUGGGAAUACAAAAGAUAAUAGUUCAGGAAUAUCUGAAGACUGCUCUGGACACACAAGUUGUCUUUGCAAGAUACCACCUUAUCUGACUUACAGUAGAGAGCAAAGUGCUCAACUGUGACCAGAGUGGCAAAACCUACUCCAUUACAUUUUUCCUUACUGACAAAGAGGAAGAGCAAAGAACACAGGCAUUUUGAACAUGCACAGUUUUAUAAUUUCAGUGGGAAUGGGGAAGGAGGAGUAUGGAUUUUCUGCAGGUAUAAAAGCAUGUCCUUCAGGCCACAGGUCUAUUGAUUAUCAUUGCUACUGCCAAACUGGCCAACAAGUUCCAUAUUUCUUUGAAUGGUAGCAUGAAUCAGAAUGAAAGGAAUUCCACUUAGGUUCAGAUGAGGUUAGUGAUUUCAGUGAUCUGGUCUCCCCUCGUAUAUUUACUUACUGAGUCAGGAAGCGUUUGUUUAUCAUGUUCAUAUUUCCUUGAAUGAGAAAUAAAUAGAAACAAGCUCUAAAUGUUAGCCAUUCCAGCCUUUUCUAAAGGCAAUUCCUUUGUCAGUCAGAAAGUCUCUCUGGUUAGUUAGUAGCAUGAUCCAUCUCGCUUUAUUCACAUCAACUGUGUUGUUACAUUUGUCUUUAUUUUUAUUUCCAUCUGUGACUGUUAGAUACAGCUUUGUCAUAAAAUCAUGUAGUUUAUAUCAUCUUUGCUACUUUUUCAUAA